AUGCUCUGCGUUUCCUUUGGGGUCGAUUGUCCAAAUCGCCGCCCUGGCGGCAGCGCCGUUUCACACCUGGCCAUCCGCAACGUACGAAACGCGGUCGAUGCGAGAGGCCUCAUCUCGAGACAGGCCGCCAUCGCCGCCUGUCCGGGCUACCGCGCGACGAACGUCGUCGAAACGGAAACCGGCCUGGCCGCCGACCUCGAACUGGCCGGGACCGCAUGUGACGUGUACGGGAAGGACAUUGAGCGCCUGAGGCUGCUUGUCAACUUCGACGACGCAAAUCGCGUGCACGUCAAGAUUGAGGACAGCGACAGGAUCGCCUACCAGGUUCCGGAGAGCGUCUUUCCUCGUCCAAGCACGGCCGGCUCUGUGCCUGCCAAUCAGUCCCAGCUCGAGUUUACGUUGCACGAGGAUCCGUUCUCCUUUACCGUCAAACGCAGAGGCACGGGGGACGUGCUGUUCGACUCUUCCGCGGCGCCGCUCAUCUUCUCGGACCAGUACGUUCGGCUCAGAACCUAUCUUCCGGACAAGCCGAACCUGUACGGGCUCGGCGAGCACUCGGACAGUCUACGACUGGGCACCACGAACUACACGCGCACGUUCUGGGCCCGUGACGCGUACGGAAUACCGUCCGGUACAAAUCUGUACGGCACUCACCCGGUCUACUACGACCACCGUGGCAAGAAGGGCACCCAUGGCGUCUUCAUGCUGUCUAGCUCCGGGAUGGACGUGAAGAUCGACGGAACCAGGUCUGCUGGACACUAUCUCGAGUACAACAUGCUCGGGGGCGUGGUCGAUCUCUACUUGUUCGCCGGCCCAACUCCUCUGGAAGCCUCCCAGCAGUAUAGCGACAUCGUGGGAAGGCCUGCCUUGAUGCCGUACUGGAGCCUGGGGCUCCAUCAAUGCCGAUACGGAUAUCGCGACUACAUAGCCCUUGCGGAGGUCAUCUCGAACUAUUCUGCCGCAGGGAUUCCGCUCGAGACGAUGUGGGUGGACAUUGAUUACAUGUUCAACCGCUUCAUCAUGACGACGGAUCCGGAUCGGUUCCCCAUGGAGCGCAUGAGGGAGAUUGUCAGCUAUCUGCAUGACCACGACCAGCACUUCAUCGUCAUGGUCGAUCCUGCCGUUGCAUAUCAGACCGAACGGGAGGCCGGUUUGGAAUACAAGACUUUCACCCGCGCCCGCGACGAAGGUCUCUUCCUGAGCAAGAAUGGGUCGAUAUUCAAGGGCGUGGUUUGGCCUGGGGUGACAGCUUUCCCCGACUGGUUCAAUCCGAGCACUUCGCAGUACUGGAUCGACCAGUUCGCGGAGUUCUUUGAUCCCCAAAGUGGAAUUGACAUUGACGGGCUGUGGAUUGACAUGAACGAAGCAGCGAAUUUCAACUCUUUCGGCGACGAUCCUGAACAGGCGGCCGUGGAUCGAGGAUUUCCACCCCCCAGAGCGCCCUUGCGCUCACCACCGCGCGCGUUGCCUGGAUUCCCUGCGGCAUUCCAACCGAAUGAUUGCUCGCCAUUUCCUCCUGAUGACCAAGGCUAUUCGCCGCCGUGGCUAGCAGGAGACGCCGCACCGAACGCGAAGAGAGGCGUGUCGCGUAUCACACAAUGGUUUAGCAUGAUAUUCAAUUGGCGUGCCGGUGCAGCCGACGCUAGAAAGUCCGGCUCAGAGCCACCAAUAUCCGAGUCUGGCGCUCCCGUGAAAGGCUAUCGGGGUCGGAAUCUGCUCGAGCCAGCAUAUCGGAUCAAAAAUGAGAACAACAUUACCGCGUUCGGCGGUCUGUCGAACUUCACUAUCGACACGGACGUGGUACAUUACGAUGGCCAUGUUGAACUUGACGUCCAUAAUCUAUACGGCUCAAUGAUGAGCAGGAUCUCCCGCACCGCGAUGGAGGCUCGACGGCCGGAACGACGGCCGUUCAUCGUUACCAGAUCGACCUUCGCGGGAGAUGGCAGGAACGUUGCGAAAUGGCUAGGCGAUAACCUGAGCACAUGGGAGCACUACAGACAGUCCAUCCAGGGCAUGCUCAAUUUUGCCACCUUCUUCCAGAUGCCCAUGGUGGGAAGUGACGUCUGCGGGUUUGGCGGAAACGCAACGGAAGCCCUCUGCGCACGAUGGGCGACUCUCGGCGCUUUCUACCCAUUCAUGCGCAAUCACAACGGCGACACCUCCUUGCCGCAGGAGUUCUACAUCUCCGAGACUGUUGCUUCAGCGGCCAGGAGCGCUCUGGACAUGCGCUACCGCUUGCUCGACUACAUGUACACCUGUAUCUACAAGCAAAAUCAAACAGGCGCGCCGGUGCUAAGUCCCUUGUUCUACAAGUACCCUUUCGACGAUGACGUGUUUGGCAUUGAACUCCAAUUCUUUUGCGGAGACCACUUGUUGAUCAGCCCCGUGACCGAGGAAAAUUCAACGAGUGUGGAGAUGUACUUGCCAGAUGACUUAUUCUACGACUUUGUCACCUACAAGCAAAUACGUGGCCAAGGCACGAAGAUUACCCUCAAAGAUGUUGCACUCGAUCAGAUCCCAGUUCACGUCAAGGCAGGGGCUAUCAUUCCGAUGCGAAAUUCGAGCGCGAUGACCACCAGGUCCUUAAGGCAGCGGGAUUUCCACAUUCUUAUCGCGCCUGAUGCGGCGGGCAAGGCGAGCGGUGAUCUCUACCUUGAUGACGGCGACAGCGUUGAGCAAGCCGGUAUCUCCAUGAUCGAAUUCACGUGGUCAGACGGUACAUUGACCGCCGUUGGGUCCUUUGCUUACAAGCCCGCUGCCGAACGUGAGAGUAGGACCAUCUGUCGAAUAACUAUCCUUGGCAUUUCGUCUGCUCCUGCCGCUGCUCGAUUGGAAAAGAGCGGGAAUGGGGAGGUGGGCAUCCAGACGAUCUAUUCCAGCGACUCACAGAGCCUGGAACUGAACUUUGCGGACGGCGUUGAGCUGGACGCUUCAUUUAAGGUGGUGACGUUGAUGGCAUGA